GUAUCAAGAUUCUUUUCUUCUAUUUAUAUAGUUGGAUAAGUGAUUUUGGUCAUAAAAAUAUUAUCUUUUUUCAAAUCGUAAAAAAGAAUAUCCACCCAAUCAUUUAUUCUUAGGUUUGCAUCCAUUUUUGCCAAAACCCCACCUCCCACCACACAUAUAUCAUCAUCAUUAUUUGCCUUUGUGCCAAACCUAACAUUUCCUUUUCUUUUCUCUCUUUGGGUGUGCUUUUUAGGUGUUGGGUAUUUGUGGGUCAUUCUUACUUCUUUCUUUUGCAAAAGAAUUUGAACCAAAAUGGGGAGAAAAUGCUCACAUUGUGGAAACAUAGGCCACAAUUCAAGAACUUGCACUAGUUAUAAUAGAGGCAAUGUCAAUAGCACAAUCUUGAUAGGUGGGGGUGGUGGAGGGGGAUUGAGGCUCUUUGGGGUUCAACUAGACACACCACACUCUAUGGUCAUUAAGAAAUGCCUUAGCAUGGAUUGUUUGGCUUCUUCAUCACCACUACAAGCUUCAACUUCACAUUCACCUUCAUCUUCCUUAUCUUCUUCUCGGGUGUCCGCUAGCGACCUCAAGAGUAUGUCACUUGGUUAUGCUUCAGAUGGUCUUAGAGCUCAAGAACGGAAAAAAGGAUUUCCUUGGUCGGAAGAUGAACACCGUCUAUUUUUAACUGGUCUUGAAAAACUUGGGAAAGGUGAUUGGAGAGGGAUUUCAAGGAACUAUGUGACCACAAGAACACCUACACAAGUUGCAAGUCAUGCCCAAAAGUACUUUCUAAGGCAGGCUAGUCUUGUCAAGAAGAAACGUCGUUCGAGCCUCUUUGAUUUGGUUAGGGGCAACAACAAGAAGAAUGUAGUAGCAAAUCAAGAAAAUAGUUACAAUAUGAGUCGAACAAACUCCUUUGAUGAAGGUCAUCAAGAUCGGAGUAACAAUAUUUCUUUGAUAGAUUUCAGUUCACUAAAACAAGAAAAUGUCUACUACAAUCCAACAGUCAAAUCCUAUGAAACAACAUCAAUGUGUUCACAUGUGCAUGCUUCUCCGUGUGGUACUAUUGGCUCUAAAAGUGGUACUCUUGAUUUAGAACUUACACUUGCUGCUCCAAAGCCGGUGGAAAAUAACAAGUCAUCUGCUACUACUUCACUCCAAAUUGGGCCAAUUAUCAGAGUUUUCUUAUUUUAUUAUAUUCCACAUACGGGGACGACAUAUGCAUCAUGUACUUAGGCUUGAAGAAGAAAAAGAGGAAAGGUCCAAAGAGAAGAGGUGUAGAGCAAAGAUCCAAGGUCAAAAUCAGAGUUCAUUGAGGUAUUUCUCGGAUUCUACAAGUGCGGUCAGACUGGGCAUUUGAGCAGGGAUUGUACGGCCCCUGCUACCGCCAUUGCAGCAUCAUAUCUGAUUUGCUUUCAGUGCAAUCAGAGGGGACAUAAAAAGUCCCAGUGCCCGAGUUUAGCUGCAGCAGGGAAGGUGGCUGCACUUGCCCCUGCUACUUUGAGGAUUACAGAUGGCCGGCAGGGCCGAGCCGAGGCGCCAGUGGCAAAGAGUAGAGCUUUUCAGAUGACAGCAGAGGAGGCACGAGCGACUCCUGAUGUGGUGACGGGUAUGUAUCUUCCCUUCAUCUCUAUAUUGUUAUUGAUUGUUUAUUGCUUAUGAUUAUAUGUUUUGUUUAGGGUCGUUCUCUGUGAACGACAUUUCUGCUACAAUAUUAUUUGAUUCGGGGGCUACCCGAUCGUUUGUAUCGCUAGUGCUUAGCAAGAGAUUUAGUAGAGCUCCAGGGGAGCUGGAUUGUCCACUAGAGGUUGAGAUAGCAGAUGACAGGACCGUGAGGGUCACCAGAGUACACAGAGGAUGUUCUCUUCAGUUGUUCGACGAGCAGUUUUCGGUGGACUUGGUUCCUAUUCCCCUACGAGGGAAUAAGGUUAUAGUAGGCAUGGAUUGGUUGAGUCCCAAUGGGGCGGUGAUUGAUUGCGAGCUGCAGCUAGUGAGAGUUCGCACUCCCAGUGGGGGAGAGUUAGUGAUUCAGGGCGAGAGGCCACAGCACGUACCAGCUUUUUGUUCAGCCGCAAGAGCGAGGCGCUAUUUUCAGCAGGGUUGCGUCAAAUAUGUAGCUUAUGUUUUGGAUGCCCGGGAGAAGGGUAAAAUGGUAGUAGAUGAUGUUCCGGUAGUGCGAGACUACCCUGAUGUAUUCCCAGAGGAUUUGCCUGGGAUACCUCUAGAGAGACAAGUAGAGUUCGGGAUUGAUCUGAUUCCGGGUGCGGCGCCGAUAGCUAGGGCCCCGUAUCGGUUAGCUCCCCCUGAGAUGCAGGAGUUGUCUACGCAGUUGCAGGAGCUGCUAGACAAGGGUUUCAUCAAACCGAGUAGUUCGCCUUGGGGAGCUCUGAUUUUGUUUGUGAAGAAAAAGGACGGUUCGCACCGUAUGUGUAUAGAUUACCGGGAGUUGAAUAAGGUAACGGUGGAGAACCGUUACCCACUCCCGAGGAUAGAUGAUUUGUUUGACCAGCUUCAGGGAGCGUCUUGGUUUUCCAAGAUCGAUUUACGUUCUGGGUAUCAUCAGAUGCGAGUCAGAGAUGAGGAUGUGCAGAAGAAUGCUUUCAGGACCAGGUAUGGUCAUGAUGAGUUUAUGGUGAUGCCAUUUGGGCUCACCAACGCUCCAGCCGCGUUCAUGGACCUCAUGAACCGUGUGUGCAGGCCGAUGCUGGACCGGUCUGUGAUAGUAUUCAUAGAUGAUAUCUUGGUGUAUUCCAAGACGCAGGAGCAGCAUGAGGAGCACCUAAGAGAGGUGCUAGAAGUUCUGAGGAAGGAGAGACUUUUCGCAAAGUUCUCCAAGUGCGAGUUCUGGUUGCGCGAGGUGCAGUUCCUUGGUCACCUCGUCAACCAAAAGGGUAUUUUAGUAUAUCCGGCCAAGAUAGAGGCCGUGAUGCGGUGGGAGGUCCCGAAGUCUCCAUCCGAGAUUCGGAGCUUCCUUGGGUUGGCAGGGUAUUACCGAAGGUUCAUUCAGGAUUUCUCCAAGAUAGCAGUGCCGCUCACCGACUGACCAAGAAGUCGAUGGUGUUUUGUUGGGGGCCUGAGCAGCAGGCAACAUUUGAGACCCUCAGGCGGAGGUUGUGCGAGGCUCCGAUCCUUACCCUGCCAGAGGGAGUAGAGGAUUUUGUAGUCUACUGUGAUGCCUCAAUCACAGGUAUGGGAGCAGUAUUGAUGCAGCGAGGCCGUGUUAUAGCUUACGCCUCGAGACAGUUGAAGCCUCACGAGGCUAACUAUCCUACUCAUGAUUUAGAGUUGGGGGCAGUUGUGUUUGCCCUCAAGAUUUGGAGACAUUACCUUUAUGGGGUUCGUUGUACCAUCUACACGGAUCACAAGAGUUUGAGGUACCUUAUGGAUCAGCCGAAUCUGAACAUGAGACAGAGGAGGUGGUUGGAUGUGCUGAAGGAUUAUGAUUAUGAAAUCCUUUACCAUCCAGGGAAGGCCAACGUAGUGGCCAACGCCAUAAGCCGCAAGGCGUCAGUAGCCCCUAUCAGAGACUUAUGUCUGAGGAUGACAAUAAUUACUCCAUUGUUGGAUCGGAUCAGGGAGGCUCAGGUUGAGGGCCUCAAGGAGGAGAGACAGAAGUGUGAAAGGAUAGUGGGCCGAGUAGCUUCAUUUGAUUAUGAUAGUCGAGGGUUGUUGACCCUUCAUGGGAGAGUAUGGGUACCGUACUGGGGCGGAGUACGGCAGGUGUUGAUGGACGAGGCUCACAAGUCUUGAUUUUCUAUCCACCCAGGGGCGACGAAGAUGUAUAGAGAUCUUCGACCCGAUUAUUGGUGGCCCUGCAUGAAGUGGGAUGUCGCCUGGUAUGUAGAGAGGUGCCUGACCUGCAGGAAGGUCAAGGCAGAACACCAGAGGCCUCACGACAAAAUGCAGCUGUUAGACAUUCCCGUGUGGAAAUGGGAGGACAUCACCAUGGAUUUUAUCACCAAGCUUCCCAGGACCGCACGUGGGGUAGAUUCGAUUUGGGUGAUAGUGGAUCGGUUGACGAAGAGUGCUCAUUUCAUACCGAUCCAUGAGAGCAUAUCGGCAGAAAAGUUAGCCGAUAUCUAUGUGCGGGAGGUAGUGGCACGUCAUGGAGUGCCGGUAUCAGUGGUGUCAGACCGAGACGUCCGUUUUACAUCUAGAUUCUGGAAGCGGUUUCACGACGAGAUGGGUACUCGUCUCCAUUUCAGUACCGCUUUCCACCCUCAGACGGACGGGCAGAGCGAGAGGACGAUUCAGACUCUCGAGGACAUGCUCCGGGCAUGUGUCCUCGACUUCGGUGGCAGUUGGGAUACGUAUCUUCCGUUAGCGGAAUUUUUGUAUAACAAUAGUUAUCAUGCGAGCAUUGAUCGACCUCCCUUUGAGAUGCUUUAUGGGAGGAAGUGUUGGACCCCGAUUUGUUGGGGCGAGGUCGGUCAGCGGGUCCUUGGGAGCACAGAGGUGGUGCUCAAGACGACCGAGUUGAUUCAAUAGGUUCGUAGUAGACUGUAGACUGCUCAGAGUCGGCAGAAGAGCUACGCCGACAGGAGGCGUUCAGACUUGGAGUUUCGGGUGGGAGAUAUGGUCCUUCUGAAAGUCUCACCUUGGAAGGGUGUCAUCAGGUUUCGGAAGAGGGGCAAGCUGGGUCCCAGGUUCAUUGGUCCUUUCAGGGUUUUGGCCCGAGUGGGUUGGGUUGCUUAUCGGUUGGAUCUUCCAGCAGAGCUUAGCCAAAUCCACAACACUUUCCAUGUGUCUCAGUUGAGGAAGUGUUUGGUGGACGAGUCAGCAAUUGUUCCCUUAGAAGAUAUUCAGGUUGAUAGCAGCCUGAAUUAUAUUGAGAGGUCGGUCGCGAUUCUGGACCAGAAGACAAAGACCUUGAGAAACAAGGUAAUCCAGUUAGUGAAGGUGCAGUGGCAGCACCGGAAGGGGUCUGAGUGGACGUGGGAGGCUGAGGAGGAGAUGAUAGAGCACUACCCGGAGUUAUUUGCAGAUUCAGCCGUAGCAGACUUCGAGGACGAAGUCUAAGUCAAGUGGGGGAGAAUUGUAACGACCCGUCUCUGGCUUGAAGAAGAAAAAGAGGAAAAGUCCAAAGAGAAGAGGUGUAGAGGAAAGAUCCAAGGUCAAAAUCAGAGUUCAUUGAGCCGGGGAGAUACCGGAGCAGCAGCAGAUAGCUUCCAGAGCCAUACACUCAGCAGCCAGUUCACGAGGUACUUCCGCAAGUAAAGGGAAGAGCUCAGGAUGAUGGCAUCGCACACACCACAACUUCAGUUUUUGUCCUGGGUGUUGAUUCAGUUUACUUAGAUAUAUUUUGAUACAGUUGUGACACAGUUUUCUCACAAUAUUUUAGUAUGGUUUGAGAUACGCAGCGUAUGGUUUUAUUAUAUGAUACUCCGUUUUAUAAUUUUUGGUUAUAUUAAAAAUGAAAUUUUCGGGUCAUA